AGCCUCGUGCUGGCUCAAACCCAAGUCGAGGCGGACUGGCUCCCUAGAUCUCUCCGACGUCGUGUUUGUGUUGGUAGUGUGGACCACAUGGAGGUCUAGAUCUCUGUGCCCCGGGACUGGCGUCGGCCAGGCAGCGCCCCGAGCAGGCCGCGCGCGCCGCGCCCUGGGCGCCGCCGUGCGGCCGCGCGCGCCGGCAUGUGGCGGACGGGCCCCUGGUGGCGGGAGGGCCCCGCGGAGGCCGGCGGCGGCGGCCCGCCGGCCGCGCCUGCGCGGCGGGGCGGCGUGCAGUCCUUCGUGGCGGCCCUGGCCGGGCAGUGCCUCCCCCUGCGGCAGCCUCCCGCGGAGGGGCGGGGGCUCGGCCGCGGCCCCGCCGCGCAGCGCGGCGCCCUCGUGCCGGAGGCCAGCGCGCAUUUCUGGGCCGGGUCGGUGGGCUGGACGGUCUCCCUGGUGACGGUGAGGCGGGAGCAGGACCUCGACAGCGAGGUCGUCGGGGAGCUGGAGCCGCUCGUGCCGCUGGAGGUCCUGGAGGUGGGCCAGGGCCGGCGCCUGAGAGUGCGGAGCUCCAGCGGGCGGCACCUGGAGGGCUGGGUGAGCUGCUGGACUAGGUGCGGAGAGCAGCUCGUGGCGGCGGGCGUCGCCUCCGGGACGGGUCGAGUCGAGGACCUCCUCGCCGCCCACUUCGCCGUGGGGGGCAGGCACACGGUCAGAUCGCCCGUGACCGUGCGCUCCGGCGAGGGCCUCGACAGCGCGGAGGUGGGCACGCUCAUCUGGGGGGAGGCCGUCACGAUCCUGGAGAUGGGGCAGGCCAACAGGCGUCGCGCGAGGGUGGAUGCAGGCAGCGUGGAGGGCUGGCUCAGCCUGGCGACUCGCCAGGGCCAGCUGCUGCUCAACGUGCGCCCCGGGGACGGGCUGCUGGGGCCGCCGCCGGUGCGGCGCAUGGGCCCCGUGGGCAUCGUGCUGUCCGUGGGGGCGGGCCUCACGCGACGCUUGGCGUCGCUCGGCCGCGGGCCCACCGCCUCGGACGUGCUCGAGAGAAAUCUGCUGAUCGCCAGCGGCGCGGCCCUCCGCCGGGGCCAGAACGCCGGGCGGGAGCUUGCCGCCAUGCUGCCGGAGUUCGGGUUCAGCGGUGCCAGGAGCCAGGCAAGGUACGACGAGCCCACCUGUCGCGUGUGUCUCUCGGACUUCGUGGACGGGGAGCUGGUCAAGAAGCUUCCCUGCGAGCACAUAUUCCGCGGAUUCCACGCGGGCUGCCUGGACGCCUGGCUGGACCGGAGCUGCCAGUGCCCCAUGCGGUGCCACAUAGACGUGGGGCGGUACUUGGAGGAGACCUGGCUGCGCGGGCCCGCCCUCGCCUUGCCUCGCGGCGCCGCGCCUGCCGACUGGCCCGAGGAGCCGCCAGAGGCCCCUGGCGCCGCGGCGGUGCCGGCGGCGGCGCCGACGGAGCCCGGGUCGCCGGCGCUGCCGGGGGAGCCCGGGCCAGCCACACCGCCUGGCGCGGAGGCCGCCAGGAAGCCAACGGAGCACCUGUGGUCCGGGCGUUUUAGUUUUGCUCGCACCGAGCGUCCAGGCCUCCCGGAUGGGGUCGGAGCAGAUGUGGUCGAAGGAUCUCGACGCAUCGCCGGUGCACUGCCGAGGGGGCCCGAUGUGGAGCCCGAUUUUCUCGACGCCGCCAACGUCGCCGAUGCAUCCCCGGCGUCGGCGUCGAAGAAAGAAACCAAACGCCAUGAACAUAAAGCUUUUGGCGCUGCGCACGGAUUUCUUUGAUCCGCGCUGAGCCUCCCUGGCGGUGCCUCCAGCGCCGCCCCUGGCGCGCGCCGCGCGCCAGGGAGGGGGGUCCAGCGCAGAUCCAAGAAAUCCGCGCGGAGCGCCACGAGUGUAUGUUUAUCGUUUUUUGUUCUUCCUCUAGAGUCGUGCCCCAUGGGGCCCUCGCAGGUCGAUCCAGCCAGAAGACACGGCAGCAGACAAAGACAGGAUCGAGGGCUCGGGGUCGUGAUUGUCCCCGCUGUUGCACUGUUGCUGCGACGACGGAUCUCAGGAUUGGCAUUUUCGCUGUUUUCGGGCCUCUGGGGGCCGUUAUCUUGGGCGCUGGGAGCGUCGAAUCGAAGCAGGACCCAGGGCGAAGCGCUGGUCCUAUCGAUGGAGAGUCUCGGGGCCCAGGCCCUGUAACUGCCCCCAGAGCCCCGUAUGCCCCACCUGGGCACGCAGACAGACGGCGCGAUAGAGCCGCGCUUCGCGCGCCGCGGCUGGGGGCUGGUUUGCUGGUCUUUUUUCCAGGUGGGCGUCACGAAGGCGCGACGAGAGAAGUAGAUCCAUAUAAUAUCCGACGAAGACAUCUACUCCAG